UGCUUUCUAUCCACACAGCUUGUUUUGAGGCUAGUUCGCUGUGGAUCAGUCCAAUGGUUCCGUCAUCAACAUGAAAUAAAUUCCAGGUGGAGUUGGGGAAAACUUAAAAGCGACCUCCUUUUUAUUAAAAACUAUAGGACAUAAAAAGUAAUCUAAAUGUGAGUGAUUCUCAGGUGAAGGUACUACCUGCCACAACAACAAUGCAGUUCUCUCCCACCAAUGGAGAUUUUACCUUCGUCUCCUCGACUGACGCGGAAGAGCUUAGUGGGACAAUUGAGGCCCCCGACGUAAAACUGAAUAUGGGUGGUGACUCCGGUAAAGAUGCUUCUGCGACCACGUUCUUGAGACAGCGUGGCUAUGGUUGGCUGCUGGAAGUUGAGGAAGACGAUCCAGAAGAUAAUAAGCCCCUAUUAGAGGAGCUUGACAUUGACCUGAAGGACAUCUACUACAAGAUCCGAUGUGUUCUCAUGCCAAUGCCUUCCCUGGGGUUCAAUAGACAAGUUGUGCGGGAUAACCCUGACUUCUGGGGACCCUUGGCAGUUGUGCUACUGUUCUCCAUGAUCUCCAUCUAUGGCCAGUUCAAGGUGGUGUCUUGGAUUAUCACCAUUUGGAUAUUUGGUUCUCUGACAAUCUUUCUGCUGGCACGAGUUCUUGGUGGGGAAGUUUCUUAUGGACAAGUUCUUGGAGUGAUUGGAUAUUCUUUGCUUCCUCUAAUUGUCAUAGCUCCCAUGCUUUUGGUAAUAGGGGGUUUUGAAGUUGCCUCGACACUAUUAAAGCUUUUUGGAGUGUUCUGGGCUGCUUACAGUGCUGCUUCUCUGCUGGUGGGAGAUGAAUUCAAAACGAAGAAACCGCUCCUUAUAUACCCCAUUCUCCUUCUAUACAUUUACUUCCUGUCUCUCUAUACUGGUGUCUGAUUGGACAGCAGAAUGGUUUGGAACUCUUGAAUGGACAUUGGCGACUAGAACCAUAAUGGAGGACACAAGAGGAUCCAUGCCACCUACACAAGGAAAUAUAUAUAGAUUUUUUUUUUUUUAACCUGUUUUAUGAUCAUGAUUAACAGGAGGUCAUAAUAGUGUAUGUGAAGUCAAUGUAAUUACAUUUAGCCAUGACCUUUGUAUUCAGUGCACCGUCAAACUAGGAUUUAUUUAAAAGCCCCCUGCUUUCAUCUUUCUCAGUAAGUCUGCUUGUCCUUGCAAUUUGCCUGGUGAUGAACUUCAUGAAAAGAAGAGCACUGUUGUUUUGUUACAUUGAUGUUGAUACAGUUGCAGUCAUCAGGCAGAGCAGAAACAUGCAGUGGCCAUUUUUAAUUCUUGUUUUUACUAGGUUAUCCUCAUGGAGCGUGGUGCCAAACGUUUCAUUGUGGAUUUAUCCCCUUUGUACAAUGAGAAAUGAAAAGGAAAAACAUCAGAAUUUUUUUUAUAUUAUUUUUUUGAGGGUUGAGGAGUUUAAGAGUUGUAAUAAUUGUGAUAGAGUUUUCCUUAUUUCUUUCCUUUUCAGCAUUCUGACACUUACUCUUAAUUUAUGAAUUCCAGCCUGGUUAUAAAAUGGGCAGUUCAAGUUAAAACAAAUAAACAUUGUCUACUAAA